AUGGUGAAGAGUUCCAGCCGCGUGCAGCGCCGGUUGGUGGAACGGGCGGCGGCCGUCCCCGCCUCUCCCGCGGGGCAGCCGCACGCGGAUGGCGCUGCGAGGCACGGCGGGCCUCGCGGGCGUAGUGUUGGGGGCGCCGACGGGACCGCAGGGGCGCGGGCCUCGCCUGUCGAAGCCGUGAGGGAGACGCGGCGGCGGGAGUCUCGGCUGCGGCGGAAGGCGACGAAGAAGGGGCAGCGGUUGAGCGCAAAAGCAGGCGCGAGCGGCACCGGCAGGGGGGCGCGCGGAGGGGCACGUGGUGGCCAACUCGGGGGAGCGGGAAGGACGACGACGACGAUCGUGCACGACGAGCGGCGCGCGGCACGCCGGUUUGCUGGCGGCACGGGGAGGAAGGCGCCCGGUGGCGGCGGCGGGCGGAAGGAGGAGCAGCGCCGUCAGCUCGCGGCGAAGCUUGUGGCCGGUGAGCAGCACCCGAGCCGAAAGACGGCAGCGGAGGCGAGGAUGGCGACGGCCAAGGCGGAGCUCGCGCUGUUUGACCAGGUGCUGCAGGCUCCCGCGUUUGUGGCGGACCCGUUUUCCGCCAUUGAGGGGCACCUGAGCGGGGCGAUGGCGUGCCUGCAGCCGCAGACCCCCGACGUGGGGCGCCGCCGCGCGGAGGAGUAG